GCCGGGGAGCAUCGUCACCACUCCUGCACGGAGCCUCGCCUGGCCGUAUACUGCGCCUUGCACACGUCGGGAUUGCAAAAAAUUCCAGAGAAAUAUACUCGCUAUUUAUGGCAUGUGGCUGGUAACAUUACUCCUGCUGUAUUCUUUUAAAGAAGUGAACAGCGAGGAUGUGGUCUCGACGCGGCUGUACUUUGUGAACGCUUCCCUGCAGAGAGUGACCUUCUCCAGCUCGGUGGGGGUGUCCCUGCCCUGCCCUGCGGGAGGCGCCCCCCAUGCGCUCCUCCGCUGGUACCUGGCUACCGGCGACGACAUCUACGACGUGCCCCACAUUCGCCAUGUGCACGCCAACGGCACACUGCAGCUCUACCCCUUCUCCCCCUCUGCCUUCAACAGCUUCAUCCAUGACAAUGACUACUUCUGCACUGCAGAGAACCAGGCUGGCAAGAUCCGCAGCCCCAGCAUCCGUGUCAAAGCAGUGUUCAGGGAGCCGUACACAGUUCGCGUGGCUGACCAGAGAGCCAUGCGGGGCAAUGUGGCUGUCUUCAAGUGCCUCAUUCCCUCUGCUGUGCAGGAGUAUGUCAGCGUCGUCUCCUGGGAAAAGGACACUGUCUCCAUUGUCCCAGGUAACAGGUGUUUCCUGACAUCGUACGGGGCCCUCUACAUAUCAGAUGUGCAGAAGGAGGAUGCUCUCUCUACCUAUCGCUGCAUCACCAAGCACAAAUACAGUGGCGAGACCAGGCAGAGUAACGGAGCUCGGCUCUCUGUGUUGGAUCCCACGGAGUCCAUGCCCUCUGUGAUGGACAGCUUCCAGUCGGGCGAGGUGCAGGUGGGGCGCAGCGUGGAGCUCCCGUGCAUCGCCUCCGGCUACCCCAACCCCACCAUCCGCUGGCUGAAGGACGGCAGGCCGCUGCCGGCUGACUCCCGCUGGACGCGCCGACUCACGGGCCUCACCAUCAGUGACCUGCGCCUGGAGGAUUCGGGCAACUACAUCUGUGAGCUCACCAACAGCUUCGGAUCCAAAGAGGUCACAGGCCAUCUCAACGUGAUCGAGCCUCUGAGGGUCACCCUAUCACCUAAGAACCUGAAAACGGGUAUCAGCAGCACAGUGAUUCUGUCCUGUGCCGUCCAAGGCUCCCCUCACUUCACCGUGUCCUGGUUCCGGAACACCGAGCCUGUGCUUCCGGACCAGCACUUCUCCAUCCAGGGGGCCCACAAUGAGACGCUGUUCAUCACCGCAGCCCAGAAGAGGCACUCGGGCGCCUACCAGUGCUUCGCCACCCGCAAGAGCCAGACCGCUCAGGACUUCUCCAUCAUCCUGCUGGAAGACGGCACGCCGCGGAUUGUCUCCUCUUUCAGCGAGCGCGUGGUGGCCCCUGGCGAACCCUUCUCCCUGAUGUGUGCAGCUAAAGGCGCCCCUCCCCCCACCAUCGCCUGGACGCUGGACGACGAGCCUAUCGCUCGGGACUCGGCGCACCGUGCCAGUCAGUACACGCUCUCGGACGGCUCCACUGUGUCGCACGUUAACGUCAGCAGCCCGCAGAUCCGCGACGGGGGCGUGUACCGCUGCGCAGCACGCAACUCGGCCGGUAGCGCCGAGUACCAAGCGCGCAUAAACGUAAGAGGCCCCCCAAGUAUCCGGGCCAUGCGCAACAUCACGGCCGUGGCUGGCCGCAACACCUUCAUCAACUGCCGCGUGAUUGGCUACCCCUACUACUCCAUCAAGUGGUACAAGGAUGGCAUGCUACUGCCGGAUAACCACCGGCAGGUUGUGUACGAGAACGGCACGCUCAAGCUCAGUGACGUGCAGAAGGGCAUGGAUGAGGGGGCGUAUCUGUGCAGUGUGCUCAUCCAACCGCAGCUCUCCAUCAGCCAGACCGUCUACGUCACUGUGAAAGUCCCUCCUCUCAUUCAACCCUUUGACUUCCCCCCGACCUCCAUUGGGAAGCUGAUGUAUAUAGCAUGUGUGGUGUCAUCUGGAGACAUGCCCAUCCGGAUUACCUGGCGCAAAGAUGGCCAGGAGAUCGUGUCGGGCACCUCUGGUGUCACCAUCGAGACCAAGGAGUUUAUGAGUUCACUGCAGAUCUCCAAAGUGUCCCUCAAGCACAACGGCAACUAUACUUGCAUCGCCAGCAACGAUGCGGCUACUGUAAGCUCUGAGAGGCAGCUUAUAGUCACAGUCCCCCCUUGCUUUCGGGUUCAGCCUAACAACCAGGACGGGAUCUAUGGCAAGUCUGGGGUUCUGAACUGCUCUGUGGACGGAUACCCUCCACCCAAGGUCAUGUGGAAGCAUGCCAAAGGUAUUGGGAACCCACAGCAGUACCACCCGGUCCCACUGACAGGCCGCAUCCAGAUCAUGCCCAAUGGGUCGCUGCUGAUUCGACACGUUCUGGAGGAGGACCGCGGGUACUAUCUGUGCCAGGCGAGCAAUGGAGUGGGCUCUGAUAUCAGCAAGAGCAUGCUGCUCACAGUAAAGAUUCCAGCUAUGAUAACUUCACAUCCCAACACCACCAUGGCUAUAAAGGGUCAGAAUAAGGAACUAAACUGCACGGCUCGUGGUGAGUACCCUAUCAUCAUCCGCUGGGAAAGGGGCGACACCGUCAUCGACCCUGACCGCAACCCACGCUACUCUAUCACCACCAGCCCCAACGAGAAGAGCGACGAGGUCAUCUCCACCCUCAAGCUGAAACCGGCUGAGCGUGGGGACUCUGUGUUCUUCUCCUGUCAUGCCAUCAACUCCUACGGAGAGGGCCGUGGUCUCAUUCAGCUCACUGUGCAAGAGCCUCCAGACCCUCCAGAGUUGGAGGUUCGUGAAGUUAAAGAUCGCAGCAUGAACUUACGAUGGACCCAGAGGUUCGAUGGCAACAGUAUCAUCACCAGUUAUGACAUUGAAUACAAAAACAAAUCUGAUCCAUGGGAACUGAAGCAUGCCACUCGUAAAAUCUCCCCCACCAAUAACCAAGCCAACAUCGUGGAGUUGCAUCCUGCAUCUGUCUACAGCAUCCGUAUGUACUCUUACAACAAGAUCGGCCGCAGCCAGGCCAGUAAGGAGCUGACCAUCAGCACGGAGGAAGCGCCCCCCGACGGACCGCCUAUGGAGGUUAUCCUGCAGCCUAUGACAUCACAGAGCAUCCGCGUCACCUGGAAGGCCCCUAAGAAGGAGCUCCAGAACGGAGUGAUCCGUGGCUAUCAGAUUGGCUACAGGGAGAACGGGCCAGGCAGUAAUGGCCAGUAUAGCAUAGUUGAAAUGAAGGCGACAGGGGACAGUGAGGUGUACACGUUGGAUAACCUCAAGAAGUUUGCUCAAUAUGGAGUAGUGGUUCAAGCCUUCAACCGAGCUGGCACAGGGCCCUCCAGCUCAGAAAUCAACGCUACCACACUAGAAGAUGUGCCUAGCCAGCCUCCACAAAAUGUGCGAGCUAUUUCAGUGACUUCAGAUGAGGCAGUGAUCACAUGGUCUGAGCCCCCUCGAAUGACACUGAAUGGAGUCCUGAAGGGUUAUCGUGUGGUCUUCUGGUCCCUCUUCCCUGAUGGAGAAUGGGGUGAGAUGCAGAACAUUACCACCAUAAGAGAGCAGGUGGAGCUUAAGGGCUUGGAGAAGUUCACAAACUACAGUGUCCAGGUCCUGGCCUAUACACAGGCCGGAGAUGGUGUACGCAGUAACGUCCUCUACAUACAGACCCGAGAGGACCACCCGGGCCCUCCAGCAGGCAUCAAGGCUGUGCCCUCCUCUGCCAGCAGCGUGGUGGUGUCCUGGCUCCCACCGCACAAACCCAACGGCAUUAUUCGCAAAUACACCAUUUACUGCUACAGCCCUGGGUCAGGCCAGCCGGCUCCCAGCGAGUAUGAGGCCAACCCAGAGGUCCUGAUCUACCGCAUCAGCCACCUGAGCCGCGGCCAGCAGUACCUCAUCUGGGCAGCAGCUGUCACCACAGCCGGCCGCGGAAACAUCAGCGAGAAGGUGACUGUGGAGCCUGCUGGCAAAGCUCCUGCUAAGAUACUUUCUUUUGGAGGCACGGUUACAACUCCGUGGAUGAAGGAGGUGCGGCUUCCCUGCAGUUCUGUGGGCGAGCCGACUCCUACUAUCAAAUGGACCAAAGACAGUGAGGACUCUGCUAUACCAGUUACACAGGAUGGCCAGCGUAACAUUUUGUCCAAUGGGACACUGGUUCUGCGUUCGGUGAAAGCAGAGGAUUCUGGGUACUACACCUGCACAGCUACCAACACUUUGGGGUUUGACACAAUUAUCGUCAACCUGCUAGUGCAAGUGCCCCCAGACCAGCCACGUCUGACGGUCUCCACCACCUCCACCUCCUCCAUUACUCUGGCCUGGAUCCCUGGAGACAAUGGUGGGAGCUCCAUCAGAGGCUUUGUUCUGCAGUACUCUGUGGAUAACACAGAGGAGUGGAGAGAUGUGUUCAUUAGCUCCACCGAGCGCUCGUUUAAGCUGGAUAACCUCCGUUGUGGCACAUGGUACAAGGUCAAGCUAGCAGCAAAGAACAGUUGUUGGGGCAGCAGGAUAAGUGAAAUCAUCGAGGCCAAGACUCACGGAAGAGAGCCACAGUUCAACAAGGACCAGCCCCUGUUCACCCAUAUCAACUCCAGCCACGCACGGCUCAACCUGCAAGGCUGGACCAGUGGCGGCUGCCCCAUCAGCGCCGUGCUACUUGACUUCCGGCCCAAAGGCACAUGGGCGUGGCAGAGUAUGCGCACCAAUGCCACGGCUGACGUCUUCCUGGCUGAGCUGCGCGAGGCCACCUGGUAUGAGCUGAAGAUGAAAGCUUGCAACAGCGCCGGCUGUGGAAACCAGACCUCGCAGUUCGCCACUCUGGACUACGAUGGCAGUACCAUUCCUCCAAUCAAAUCUGCACGAGGAGAGGGCGAUGAUGUGAAGAAGUUGUUCUCCAUCGGCUGUCCUGUGAUCCUGGUGACACUGGGCAUGGCCCUUCUUUUCAUUAUCAGAAAGAAGCGUAAAGAGAAGAGAUUGAAGAGACUCAGAGAUGCUAAAAGUUUGGCUGAGAUGCUGAUCAGUAAGAACAAUCGGAGUUUUGACACCCCGGUGAAAGGCCCUCCUCAGGGGCCUCGGCUGCACAUAGAUAUCCCACGCGUGCAGCUCCUCAUCGAGGACAAAGAGGGCAUCAAACAAAUUGGUGAAGACAAAGCAACCAUUCCUGUGACAGACACCGAAUUCAGCCAGUCAGUAAACCCCCAAAGUUUUUGCACGGGCGUGUCUGUGCAUCAUCCUGCCCUCAUUCAGAACACUGGUCCCUUGAUUGACAUGUCCGACAUUAGACCAGGAACCAACCCAGUGUCGAGGAAGAGUGUGAAGUCAGCUCACAGCACAAGGAACCGUUACUCAAGCCAGUGGACUCUGACGAAGUGCCAGGCAUCUACGCCUGCACGCACGCUGACCUCAGACUGGCGUACCGUGGGCUCCCAGCAUGGCAUCACAGUCACCGAGAGUGACAGCUACAGCGCCAGUCUGUCCCAGGACACAGACAAGGGUCGUAACAGCAUGGUGUCCACGGAGAGCGCGUCGUCCACGUACGAGGAGCUGGCCCGAGCCUACGAGCACGCCAAGCUGGAGGAGCACCUGCAGCAUGCCAAGUUUGAGAUCACGGAGUGCUUCAUUUCCGACAGCUCCUCUGACCAAAUGACCACGGGCACCAACGACAAUGCCGACAGCAUGACGUCCAUGAGCACACCGUCGGAGCCAGGCAUCUGCCGCUUCACCGCCUCGCCGCCCAAACCGCAGGACUACGACCGUGGCAAGAACGUCGCGGUGCCCAUCCCACACCGCGCCAACAAGAGCGAGUACUGUAACCUCCCCCUCUACAUGAAGACAGACCCUUUCUUCCGCAAGCAAGCUGAGCUGCAUGACCCCUGCCCCGUGGUUCCGCCUCGUGAGGCCUCUAUCCGAGGCAUGGCAGCCCGGGCCUACCACACACAGGGCCGCCACAUGACAUUAGACCCCUCCAAACAGCAGGCCCUGACGCUGGGCCAUGGCGGCCUGAGUAGUCUGACCAGCUCAGGGGCCUCCGGGGCCUCAGGCCCAGCCUCCAGCACCACAACGGGUGGCUCCAGCAUCAGCUCGGGCACAGCCACUUUGCCCCAGAGGACUCUUACCAUGCCCAGCUCCUCGUCCACCUCUUCAGCCGGCCAAAGCACUGGGGCAGCGGCUGCUGCAGCCGGCGCUGUGGCCAGCUCCGGCUCCACAGGGGGGAGUGGCGUAGCUGGCAGUUCCAAGGUUGGGGGUUCCAGAGACUCUCUGCUGGAGAGCAGCUCAUCCGGCCUGGGCAGACUGCAGAAGCAGAAUGCUGGGGCGUAUUCCAAGUCCUACACGCUGGUGUAGCCACUGCUCUCUCAUACAUAGAUCUAAUACACAUAAAAACAUAGACACUCACAUACAUAUGGUGUCUGCCUGGCACAGGGUGGGGCUAAACUGUGCACUGGCUGGACUUAUCCACCACAUGGGUCUCUCUCUCUCUCUCUCUCCCCCUUUUUCUCUCUCUCUCUAUCUCUCUCUCUUUUCUCACAUCCCCUCACAUUUUUCACUCUACCUUUUCUCUAUUUGCUUUUCUCUUUAAUCCACUUUUUCAGUUUUUCAUAUUUUCUCAGAUUACCUUUGAUCUUUGGUCCUCACAGACUUGUUUUGUGUUCUUGCUCUCUCUCACUUUCUCAAUCUCUCUUUUUCCUGUGUUUCAUUCUUUCUCUCUCUCUCUCUCUCUCUCUCUCUCUCUCUCUCUCUGUCUCUCUCUCUGUCUCUCUUUCACUUGUUUCAUUCUUUGUGAAAGACACCUUGGACCUUAUGCACGAAAUACUUUCCAUGUGCACUUGUUAAUUUAACUUCUUGACAGUAGGACAACUCAACAGUUUUAAGAGAUUGUUUCACAUUAACCUGUCUAGAUGUUUUUUAGGCUGUUGAAGGUGUUUUUUAUGUCUUUUGCAAAAGCAUAACAUACUGCAACGCAUUGCCUCGGAAAGUGCUUAUGCAUAAAAAAAUCCACCUUGGUGUCUCCCUUUUUGCCCCUUUCCCAGCCAAACUGUUCUGGACUCAGACAAACAAACCAGUGACUGUGGCAUUAGCCAACACAAUUGAGUCUUUGGGAUUUUCUUUCUUCAUGCAAUUGAUGACACAGUAUAAAGUGUUAUUGACUAUUUUAUAAACAAACAGGAAAAAUGAAAAAAAAAAUGUCACGAGCCAUUUCACACAGGAUGGAUGGAAUUUUUUUCCGUGUUUUGUUUUGGAUUUUUCAAAAGUUUUUAAUUUUUUUUUUUUUUUUUUAAUUUCUGAACUUGUGCACUAAGGAGGAGGGAGUGGAUCUCUGGAGCUUUCUCAAGCCUGUGUGUGUGUGUGUGUGUGUGUGUGUGUGUGCAUGUGUGUGUGUGCGUGUGUGUGUGUGC